AUGGCAACGUUCUUGCUUUGUACAGUCCUCGGCGCUUUCGCAACACCAACUUCUGCGAGCUUCCCUCCGCCAUUGGUAGGCGUGACCACCAUACCAGUACCCGGCCAACCAGAUACCUCGAUCUCAUACAAGGAAACCACAAUAUGCGAGACAGAAGCGAAAGGGUACGCUGGCUACGUUCAUCUACCUGCUUCCAGAUUGCAUGAUGUUGGGUUGGUUGAGCCCUACAACAUAUCCACCUUCUUCUGGUACUUUGAGGCACGGGAGGAUCCUCAAAUUGCACCAACAGCUAUCUAUCUGGCAGGAGGUCCUGGACAGUCAUCCAUGUACGGUGUCACCGAAUCGGGAGGACCUUGCACAAUCCAUCCAGACGCAAACAGUACUCAGUAUAACCCAUACGCUUUCAACAAACAUGUCAACAUGCUCUACAUCGAUCAGCCUGUCGGCACAGGCUUCUCAUAUGAUAGCUUGCUAAAUAGCACACAGGAUCUGCUCGCCAAUACUAUCGCCUCCUUCGACAGCUACGAUGAAUCGAUCCCGGCAGAGAACACCACUUUCCUCUACGGCACAUUCCCGAGUCAAGAUCCUACAAGGACCAUUAGUACAUCACAGACUGCUGCCAAGAUCCUAUGGCGGUUCGCACAGGCUUGGUUUACCAGCUUUCCAGAAUAUACGACAUCAGACAAGCGUGUGUCGCUAUGGGGCAAUUCUUAUGGCGGGUACUGGGUGCCCGCUACUGCGGCCUACAUUGUCGAGCAGAACGAGAAGAUCAAGACCAGCCAGUUGCCCGAUGCAUACCAGAUUGAGAUCGACACGAUUGGCUGGACGAACGGCUGCCCAGAUGUCCUCGUCCAAGGAGAGUACUGGCCGGAGAUGGCGUAUAACAAUACCUACGACUUUCAAGCCGUAUCUUUCGACGUCUAUCAAGAUAUGAAGGACAGCUGGACCAUGCCAGGUGGAUGCCGUGAUCUAGUCGAGCAGUGCAGGACGCUCGGCAAUGACCUCGACCCCGACUUUUAUGGCACAGACCACCAAGUUAAUGCCGCCUGCAUCCACGCCUUCGGAUUCUGCUUCGGAACAGUAGCUCAAGACCCUGGAAAUAGGUCUGUGUUCGACAUAGCCCACACCAACCCCGACCCAUUCCCAUACUCAUACUUGAUCGGCUUCUUCAAUCGUGCGUGGGUACAGCAACAUCUCGGUGUUCCGGUCAACUUCACGGGAUCAUCGAAUUCGGUGUUUGACAACUUCUUCAUCACCGGUGAUUUUGUACGCUACGAGGGACUGAAGACGAUAUCCGCACUUCUCAACAGCGGCACAAAGGUCGCCAUGAUCUAUGGAGAUCGCGAUUAUCGGUGCCCAUGGCUCGGUGGUGAGCAGCUGGCUCUGCAAGCCAACUGGACCGAUACGGACGCGUUCCAGAAGUCAGGCUACGAGACGAUCAAGACAAGUUCCUGCUAUAAUGGCGGCGUUGUGCGUCAGUACGGGAAUCUAUCUUUCUCACGUGUGUUCCAAGCUGGACACGAUGCGGCAGCAUACCAACCUCGAACAGUCUUCGAGAUCUUCAAUCGUGCCAUGUUUGAUAAGGACAUUGCAACCGGCACAUCGCCAACCAAUGAUGAGCGGAACGAUUACGCGAGUACGGGACCACUGAGCAGUUUCGGAAUCAGAAACAAGAUGCCGGAGCCACCGCCAGUCAAUUGCCAUCUUUACAAUGUGCCUUUGAGCUGUACCACGGAGCAACAAGAAGCACUGGCGAAUGGGACGGCCGUUAUCCAGGAUUUCAAUGUCAUCAAGCCGGAUGGUGGUAGUGCCGGGGUGCUGGGUGGGAAUAUGGUGUUCCUCCUCUACUCUGAUGACCGCAUCGGGUCUGCCUGGGAGCGCCGUUCUUUGCGCGGCGACAGUGAGAGAUCGGCAGUACUUUUCUUGCGAAGGAUGCGGCUAGAGCUCAAAGGGUUGAAACGAGCGAUCAGACAGGUCAAGAGCUUGGAGAACUUCGAGCUCGUGAUUGAUGAGGACGACUGGUACGUUUUGCCAUUGGAGAUCGACCAGGUGAAAAAGAUGGAGGACGAGCUUAAGCAGGCUCUUGCAGGACAGACAACCAAAUCUUGCCGGGGUGCAUUCUUCAGCCCGUUCGUUCGAGCACAUGUCCCGGAGCUUGAACGUCAAGGGAUCAACCAGGCGACCUUUCUAGCCUUCAUCGACGGUCUAAACGAAGCUUUUGUCGCCAACCCGGUCAUGCAAUACACUGGCAUGGCCGGAGCUGUGAUGUCCCAAUUUCACGGCCUACCUCCGGUGCAAUGGGCAGGUAUGGGUCUGCAGACAGCUUCGGGAGUCGCCUCGUUCGCGACAUCGCAUCGCCGCACGAAGGCAUACGUCAAAGCUGUGAACAUUGAUCUCUUCCAUCCCGCCGAUCUGCAUGUAACUAUCAUGACGACGCCAGAGAUGAUGGCGAAGGUUGGGCAACCCGACAUUAAGUUGCGAUUGGGAUCUUUGGAGGCGUUUGACAGUACCAUAGAUACAGCCGCCAAGCCAAAGCAAGAUGCAAAAGUAGCACAUGCUGACAGCACUGAGGACGACUUCAGGAUGCGCAGGAUCCAGGCUUUGCAAGGAUACAUCAUGCCUCUCGAUUUCAACGUCCCCGGUGCCGUAGCUCCAGAAAAUCUUCUCUGCAGGAUGGGUGCCUCGCAGGCAACAAGAAUGGCUUCAAAGCAACACAAGAAGAUGAUCAAAGAAUGCACAAAAGGCCACGAAGACUACCUGAAAAAGCUCAAAGACUCGGAUGAAAAAUGGCAGGAAGGCACGAAAGAGGCGGAGAAAAUCGAAAGGAAGCUUGCGAAAGAAAAGGAAAAGGUAGAGCGUAGAAUUGUGGCGAGCAAGGAUUCGGAGAAGGCACGGCGGUCGUUUGAGAAGGAGGAAUGGAAGUUGUUGAAGGACUUGGAGAAGGAAAUGAACAAGCGGGAGAAGGAUGCUGGGAAAGAGAGGAGAGAGGCGCAUAAGGAGAGGAUAGAGGCGCAUCAGGAGAGGGAGAAAGUGGAGGGAAGGGAGGACAAGACGGGGAAUAAGAUUGGGUGGAUUGUGGUUUCGAGGUGGGAUGGCGAGGAAGAUGGACGGUCGGAGGAUAUGGACGGUAUGGUGGACCAAGAGCAGGCACGAACGUGA